GUCGAACAAGGCAUCCUUCUUUCCAACGUUUUUUUCUCCUUUCCCUUCUUACAACAACAGAUUCAUCAGUCUUCGCUUUCGUCGACAAGCCGACACUGUCUUUCAGGGAGAGGCACCUGCCAACGAGGAUUGCCAGCCUCGAGCCUCACGACGCGCCGGUUAGGGAGCCUCUGCCUGUUUGAUAGUGCCUCGGGCAUUGAAAUCAUUGGGCCGUCAAUUGAAGCGGACCCAUCGCACUGGAGAGCAUAUAUCAGACUGCAACUGGAGGUCGGCAGCUAUGGCGCCUCCACCUAUCCCUAUACGAUUUGUACUGAAUGAGCGCGAAUACGGCCUGUUGCGCAAAUACCUGUUACGAACGUCACCUGAACCAGCGUCGACUGUCGAGAAAGAACAGGACAGCCACACCUCCGAUUCGGCCUCUCAACGAGACCAUCACAAUGCGGCAGCCUUUCGCUCCGCCACGCGCGUCUUCCUAGCUACACUUGGUUCUUUGGAAGGAGCGGAAUAUCUGUUGGGCCGUUUGUCGGCACGCCAGUCUCCAACUGCGACGCGCUCGAAGAAACCACUUGUGGCAUCGAAAUCCAAGUUGGCUAUAUCACUGUCCUCGCUUCUUUUCCUUCAUUCCGUCCUGUACCGCAUAUUGUCUCGUUUGAGAUUGCAGCUUCUGCACGAAAAAGUGAAGAGCAUCAGAGAGCGGUAUCCGAGAAUAUAUGCAGCGCUCACCUCGCGCAUUGCUCCAGCCAUUGGCGCUAGUCUUUCGGGGUUCGCGUUGGGAAUAUGUCCGGCUGAUCAACUGCGAGUCACCCUGGCGAUAUAUGUCGCUUGCAGAGCGUUGGAGGUGGGGUAUGCGGCUAUCGAACAAACCAAGCUCAUCAAGAACAAACCUAACUGGAUGGGGAGUUGGCUUCUCUUUGCACUAUCCCAGGGGCAGUUACUCCAUGCAUUCGUAUUCGAUCGAGACUGCUUCCCGGAAGCCUAUGGGUCCUUCAUUUUGGGCUACACGCCAGAAUAUAUCCAGCGGCGACCGGCAAAUUUGUCAGCGAAAGUCGCUUGGCCAUCGUCAAAUGACAUUGUCGACGGGUUGGCCCAGAUGGCGAGACUCCGAUGGCCGCCCUUUGUGUCGCCCAUCUUACGACCGAACAAUCCCAACACAUUGCCUCAAGGGAUCGAUCCUGUCAUCUCACCGAUCACUUCGCGGGCGCAUCCGGCGAUCUCCAAACUAUCAUGCGCUUUGAUCCAUCCGUCGGAUCCGUCGUGUUUCAUGGCCUAUUUACGACAGAAUCUGCUGGCAUUUCCACAACUGGCGCGCUUUUAUGCAAUGUACUACGGUGCCCUUUCGGUGUUGCAGGCCAAGAAGUUCAUCAGUGAUCCGAUCAAAUCGCUCAAUCGGCUUUCGGAAUCGAUCUUGAGGUCGACGUUGGCGAUUUCAGGCUCGAUCGGAGUUGCGUGGGGCAGUAUAUGUCUGUUCCAAGCGCUGUUCCCACGGUCGUUUCUGCCCAAGUUUCGCUUCUUUCUGGGUGGAAUGCUGGGAGGGACGUUUCAGGUGUUCGAUAACACGCCGGCAGGGCAUAUGACUACACUGUACACGGCGAGGACGAGCGUGGAUUCGUUGUGGAAGGUCGGUGUCAAGCAUGGAUGGUGGAGGGGGAUCCGGGGUGGCGAUGUGUGGUUGUUCGUGGCGGCGCUCGGACUGAUUAAUGCGGUUUAUGACUUGGGCAAGAAUACCCCGGCCGCGCAGGAUCAGGCAAUGGUGUUGAUCAAGGUCUUGAGAGGAGAGAUUGACAUUGGCCUACCGAAGAAGACGGAAGUGAGGAGCGAGGAGGUGCAGACGGAGGAAGGGAGGGAGGCUCAGUAGAUUCGGAGAUCAGCCCAGCAAAGAUCUGUUGCAAAGGGUUGUAUGGGUGUCGGCGCUCUGCUUCUUGGAGAAUUGAGGAGGCGUGAGAGUGGAAGUUCAAGGAUCACAAGGUGAAGGUCCAGGGUCCCUAUUAGUCGUUCAGGGAGAGAGGACGAUGGGGAUGAAUGUCCGGUGAAACUGGGCUUGGGUAUAGGGGAGGAGGAGAAGAAGAAGUCUUGUUUGGGCUCUACUCUACAUACGACAUCAUCUUUCGGGGGAUCAAUGUUUUUCUACUGGAAAUGUACAGUGAAUAGAAAGCCAUAAAGAAAAGCAC